UUUCAGCAUUCGGCACAGUGAAUCCAACAUGUCGCUGUCGUGAGAGGUCUUUUUAAAUUUUGAAGAUAUGAAAGUGUAAAGAAGUAGAUCAACUUGUGACCAUGGGACUAAAAGCAAGAAUGUGGAUAUUGUUCAUCCUUAUUUCAAUAAUACAUGCGGGUGGAAUAUUAAUAUUCAUCAAAGGCUUUCUUUUAAAGCGAUCAGUUGUACUGAAAAAUAACACUUGCCAUGUAGACUUCACGAUGAAGGUGGAUAAUCACGAGGAAGAAGGAUGUUGGAUGCAUAGGCGGUUUCAGAAGGCAAUUGUCAUAAUUAUAGACGCUUUAAGGUUUGAUUUUGCUUAUUAUAAUACAUCGAUAAUUAAGGGCCAAGAACUUCCUUUUGAAAACAAGCUAAAAAUCAUCCACGAGAAGCUAAUUCAUUCUCCUCAGAAAUCACGACUGUACAGAUUCAUAGCAGAUCCCCCAACCACAACCUUACAGAGACUCAAAGGCUUGACCACAGGCAGUCUUCCCACUUUUGUUGAUGCUGGAUCAAAUUUUGCUAGUUCUGAAAUUACUGAAGACAACAUCAUAGAUCAGCUGAGACGACAACAAAAAUCAAUUGUCCAAAUGGGAGAUGAUACAUGGGAAGGUCUAUUUCCCAAUAGGUUUAUUAGAUCUUACCCCUUUCCCUCUUUUAAUGUGAAAGACCUGCACACUGUGGACAAUGGUAUUAUAAAGAACUUGAUUCCCGAGCUAAAGAAGUCUGGGUGGGACAUGCUUAUUGCCCAUUUCCUUGGAGUUGAUCACUGUGGACACCGCUUUGGACCAUAUCAUCCAGUAAUGGGAGAGAAACUUACACAGAUGAAUGAUGUAUUGAGAUCUGUGAUAAAAACCAUGGACAAUGACACUGUGUUGUUUGUGCUUGGAGACCAUGGAAUGACUAGGACAGGUGAUCAUGGGGGAGACAGUAAAGAUGAAGUUGAUGCAGCAUUAUUUGUGUACAGUCCAUCAAAGUUAACAGAAACUGUGGCCCCAAAGCUAGAAGAUUCCCCAUCUGUUUCACAGAUUGACUUGGUUCCUACUAUGUCUUUGCUUCUUGGAGUGCCAGUACCAUUCUCCAACUUAGGAAUGAUCAUUCCAGAAUUAUUUGACCACGGUCCCUGGGCUCAGGCAGGAACAUCAGAAGUAAAGCAGGUGUUUCACAAAAUAAAAGCUCUAAGGUUGAAUGCACAUCAAGUGAAAGAAUACCUUCACGCAUAUUCUUUAAUAUCUGAAGAUUUUCCCAAACACCAAUACAAAGAUUUAAAUACAUUAUUUAGCUUGUCAGAAAAUGAAUUACAAAGACUGAUCAUGAACAUUUACCAUAAUGGAGAACACGAGGAUCUACUAUCAAGGCUAGAAAAGCUGGAGACAAACUAUAAAUCUUACCUCACCAAUGUAAGAGGAAUGUGCCAAGGUAUUUGGGCCAAGUUUGACACGACAUCAAUGUCUUUAGGUUUAUUCUUGACAUGCUUCAGCAUUGGCAUAACUGUAUUCCAGCUAUUCCACACAAACAGUCAGGAAAGAUUUGAAGUGGCUUUCUGGACCAGCACAGCUGUUUCAGGAUGGAGCUCAGCAUUUGUUGCUGUCCUUUGGUUCUCACUAAUGGAGGCCAAAACUGCCAUUAUGCUAGGAACAAUGUUCUUUGGAUUCAGCAUUAUCUUGAUUGUUGGAUUCAUUAUUUACAAGUUAAUGAUGGCGAGGGGAAGUGAACAGUCCAGCACACCAAGUUUAUCUGGGUACUUUUCCAUACAUGGAAUAUGUGCAAUUUUGAUAACUUUCAUGUACUUCUGUGGAUUUUUUUCAAAUAGUUAUGUGGUUUUUGAGGAUAGUAUGUCAUCCUUUCUACUUCAGUCAUUACUGUGGAUUCAAAGUACUUUUAUUUAUGCACAACAAUGUGGAACUGAACCUUCAAAACAAAUAUCUGAAAAAAAGAGAGCAAAAUUUGAUAUUUUUAGAACUUUGACAAAUAGGAAGAUGAAACCUUUAUAUCUAGCACUAACUUUUAACCUCUGUGUACGACUUUCAAUGAACUUCAGGGCAUGCAGAGAAGAACAGUGGACCUGUGAAACCUCAUCAUUUUUACUUCCUUUGUCAAGUUUUACAGACAGCAUACCAUUGAAAAAUGCAAGAUAUUUCUUUUCUGUUAUUGCUAUUAUUUUACCUUCCAUAGGACUGAGAUGGUUCCUUAAACAUUAUGGAAACCUAAAUGGAAAGUCUCUCUUGGUGCUGAGUACAAAGUACUGUAUUCCAAUAGGCAUGUUAUUCAUUGCAUUAUACUGGGCAUUACAAGCUUUGCCACCACAAGUACUAGAUUCACUGCCUGUAACUCGACUCUUUCCAAGAAUUGUUUAUGUGGCCAAUUUGAUUACAAUUGUAGCCGUUUUUGUGAACCCCCUCAGCAUUUAUAUUUUACCAAAAGCAACAAUGGAGUCCCACUAUGAACCCACUGCUAAAAUUUCCAACAAUAUAAUUCCACAGAUGUAUAAUCAAAUGAAAGAUUCAUUGAAUGAACUGUCAGAAAAUGAGCACAAAACUACCAAUGGUGCAGAAACUUCAGAUGACGUUGAACUACCAGUUGUGUAUGGCUUGGCCACCGUAUAUUCAUCUGCUAUGAUAAUAUUUACUGCUGCAGUGACAGAGAUAUUGUACCUCCUGCUAGGAGAUGGUGUAGCAGCAAGUUUAUCAUUGGCACUAUGUAACAUAUUCAUAGGGCUUGAAAUGUAUACUUGUUGGAAAUGCUGGAUGAAAGACACCAGCUGGGAUGUUCCAUGGUCAGUGAUAGUAUUGUGGGGCCUUAUGUCAUCUCAGUAUUUCUUUGCCACAGGCCAUCAGGCUACAGUGCCCACUAUCAAAUGGGAAGCAGCUUUCACUGGAUUCCAUGGUGACUUUGAAAGCCACAUACUCCCAGGCUUGCUCAUACAUCUCAACACAUUUGCAUCAGAGGUUUUAGUGUCCCUGACAUUACCAUUAAUACUGUGUUGGCCAUUGUUCCGUACCAGUAGGUACAGCAUUAGGAAAGGAUCCAGUGAUAAUUGGAAUGAAGGAGCAGAUAAGGGAGAGCUGGUGCUAAUUGAAAAUUCAGUCCAGUUUCAGCUGUGUGUUUUCAAACUGGGACUGGGAUAUGUGCUAUUUCAUGCAGUGAAGCUCCUUGGAUCCAUGUUGGCUGCAGCAGUAUUAAGAAGGCAUCUCAUGGUGUGGAAAAUAUUUGCUCCGAGGUUCAUCUUCCAAAGUGUUUCAUUUAUUACCAUAUAUGUGGUGGUUAUCAUGUCUGUGGGACUGAUGCAACAUGUACACUCACAUCUAGGGGGAUGGUUGAACAGACUAGAGAAAACUAAGUAAAAUGAAACUGAUAUGUUUAAAUUAUUAUAAUACAAAUAAUAACCAGGCCCGGUUGUCAUUUCUUCUUAGUCUAAGUAGGUAUAGUGAGGUAACUCGGAUUUAAAUGGCAGAUAUUAUAUUUCAAAAUAUCAGAAGAUAGUUAUUUUUACCGUAACAUUGUGAAAAAACCAUCAAAAGAAUUCUUUUUUUUAUAACCAAGUGAAGUAUAAAAUUGAAGCUCCACAAAUAUAUUAUUUUAAUCUAAAUAAGGGCAUAUUCUCAUACCAAAAUCAUUUUUGAUACAAAACUUUAUUGAAUGAAAUAAAGAAAUCACCAUAUUACAGAAAGUUUUUAAGUAGGACCAUGUAAAGCACCCAGAGCUUCGGACAAUGGGAAUUGAGAUGAUAAGGAGGAAUGGGUUCCUUGCUAGACAUACCCUUUGUAGUUGGGAGUGGGGCAAUUUUAUCCCAGGUGUUGAGUAGUGCACAUCCCUAUCCGUGUAACGUAAUAUAUUGAUAGCUGUAAAUAUUAGGUCAAGCAUCACCACAGACUUAUUCCUUAUCCAGAUACCCAGCUGAGGGAUUGCACACAAUCCCACAAUUAUUCUCCUAUGCUGCUAACCCAAGUUUAAGGGGCAGGUAGAUGAGGGAUAGUUAUGGAAAAGAAGUCAGCUUGAAAGGGUGAAAUCCCACAGGGGCCUCUUUAUUAACUCUUUGUAAACUUUUCUAGAAGCCCUUUUGAUAUUAGAGCGUAGGCAGAUUCAGUUCAGUUGGUACUAGGAAUUGGACAAAGUAUGAUAGCAAUCAGAUUUUAGGUAGCUUAAAGACCUGAGGCAAGGAUUGUGGAAACAAGUGUUGGGAUAAAAACUAGGCAAAUGUCAAACAGCUUGUUAUGCAGGCCUACCCAACUACCAGACUCGGCACAUAAGGAUCCUGAAUUAACUGGUAUACCGGACCACACUAUCCGUUUUCAAGGUGUGUGUCAGAUCGCAUUUUAGAGUAUCAGUCAGAACACCGACUGGAUGAGCCCGCGUUGUCAACAGAAAAAGAAUUUUAAUUCAUUCAUUCAUUCAUUAAAAUGAAUUGUAUUAAGGAGACAUCUCAAUGCUUGUGUCUUGGAAAUCUUUGAGAUGAAAUGUUUUACAAAUGAAUAAACGAAUAACAAAGUUU